AAGUCCUCUCCGGUCAUUGGCUCUUCCUCCACCUCCGUCUCUUGAGGCCAACUUUUUGUCUCCUUUCGAUGAAUCUUUAUCCCAGUAAACGCCAGAAUUUGCGUACUGAAGAAGAUACCCAGUUAGCAGAUUGCCUCAAUCUCCACCUCUGCUCAAUCCAAUAAUAUUAGAUUCUUGAGAAAAAAGCAAAAACCCUCUUCGUUUCUUGAUCAAACCCACCAUAUCUUUCGACCUAACCCGUCCUCCGAAAGUGACCCACUCCUCAAAAUACCUCAAGGGGUGUAAACCCGCAGAAGACCCAACAAGAGAACCAAAUCUUGAUGGCGAAGUGCUUCAGCCUUACAGCGAUAAGGGACAGAUGGUUCCGCCUCUCCUUUUAUCUGGCGGGCCUGAAGUCGACCACCACCGACCUCGGCGACGGCACGGUCAUGCACUGUUGGGUCCCCAAGACGCGCGAGCCCAGCAAGCCCAACUUGCUCCUCUUGCACGGCAUCGGAGCCAACGCAAUGUGGCAGUGGAACGAGUUUCUCUCGCCCUUCAUCGCCAGAUUCAACGUGUACGUGCCUGACCUCGUGUUCUUCGGCGAUUCCUACACGACCCGGCCCGAGCGGACCGAGCAGUUUCAGGCUCAAUGCGUCGCAGGAGUCUUGGAAGCUCAGGGAGUGAAGAAACUGAACGUGGUAGGGUUGAGUUACGGCGGGUUUGUGGCCUAUAGCUUGGCGGCGCAGUUCCCGGAGAUGGUGGAGAACUUGGUUCUGUGCUGUGCAGGGGUGUGUUUGGAGGAGAAGGACAUGGAGGAGGGGAUGUUUCAGGUGAAGACCGUGGAUGAAGCCGUGACUUUGCUGUUCCCGCAGACAGCAGAGAAAGCGUAUGAGAUGUUCGAUUUCGUCUUUUACAAGCCGGUGAAGAAAGUGCCCACUUACUUUAUUCAGGAUUAUAUUGAUGUUAUGUGGAAGGAUAACCUUCAAGAAAGGAUAGGGCUGGUCAAUGCCUUGUACAGAGAUAGGAAGAUGUCUAAUCUUCCCAAAAUAACUCAGCCGACACUGAUAAUCUGGGCGGAAUAUGAUAAAGUCUUUCCAUUGGAAUUGGGUCACAGAUUAAAGAGGCAUUUGGAUGAAAACGGGCAAUUAGUGGUUGUAAAGGAUUGUGGUCAUGGGAUAAAUAAAGAGAAGCCGAAAGAGAUGUACGAACACAUCGAGGCAUUCCUCAUUGAUCCACUCCAUUAUCCUAAGAAGGCAAAUCAAAGCAGUGGCCAGAAGGUGGACUGAGAGUUGGCAGUAAAUUUAUAGUCAAGUCAGCCUUCUGCAGCAUGCUUGUCCAAAUUUUUUGUACACAUGCGUAUUGAUAUAAUUAGAAGAAACACAGUUCAACAUAUUGUGAUGAUUAUCGUCUUCGAAAUAAUAUCAUCUUAGAGGAUCUUUGAAGGUGCAAAAGGGCUGGUACAACUUGUUACUGGGAGUGGGCGUCGGGGUGUUUGUGCUAGAAAUCCAUUACUGGAAUGAUUAUCGUAUUAAGGAAUCUCUGAAGGUGGGGUUGGCAUUGUGCGUGCAA